AUGGAAAAUUUAAGGGUGGACAACGCCAAAACAUUAAAAGACAGGGGGGAUAAUGCUAAGAAGAACAAAUUACGAGCCAAGAAAGAUUUGAAAACCAAAUGCGACAGAGGGGAUUCUCAAAUAAAGUCGAAUUGUGAUAAAUCUUCAGAAUCCGUGAAACGAGUUGAGAUAAAAAACGAGGCUCCGAAGAUAAUAGAAAUAAAAAGACAGAGUGAAUACGAGAAAGAGAAUCAAAGAUUGAUGGAAAAAAGAAGGAAAAUUAGAGAUAAGUAUACGAUUAAAAACUAUUUGGGACCGGACGUCAAUAAACAGAUAGCACCGAAGGAAGUUAAAGUUGAAAUUAAGAAAGAUAUCGCAAUGCCUUCAAAACAGGAACAAACAGAGAAAAUAGUUUUAACGAAAUCUGACACGAGGACGUAUAAAAUAGAAAAGGAAAAUCAAAAAGUACCAGUAAUUAAGACGAUUACAUGUAAAAACGAUUCAAAAGUAUACAAAGCGGUUACAUUCCGAGCUCCGAAACGAAAUCCACCAACCUCCUUACAAAUAAAGAUACCUACUGUCACAAGAAGUAAUAACUACACAAAUAGAAUACCUAAAUUAAUAAAACAGAAAAAUACGCCGAGCAAGACCAGCGUUAAGCCGAUUACCGAUAAAAAAAUCGGUAGAAAAUGUAGACGCUGGACUCGCGGGCACGUGUCAUCACCGGUUUUGAGAACAGGGCACUCACCAACAACGGAAGUGGCGAAAUGGGCGCCAGAUUGCAUUAAUAAACACACAAAACCGUAUUACGAAGCCUGGAUUGACACCACGUUGACCGCCAUAUCAAAAGAUACGAAGGGAAAGAAUAUAAACGCUAAACAUCUUAUAAAAACAUUUAAACAAGCAUUACAAAGAGCGCAGAGUCCGGAUUUAGUGUACAAAGACUUCACAGAUGAAAGAAACGUCGGCAGAAUCAAAAUAAACCACAAGUGA